UUUAUUCCUUAGCUAAGAAAUAGAGAUUCCAUCAGUAUGACUCUGAUCAAGGUAAGUAGGGCAUAUUUUGUUUGUAAAAAUAAAACUUUAGUGAUUGCACAGUGGGGUACUUCCAAUGCUUCUGUGUUCUGUGUAUGAUUCACGGGGCAAAUCGUCAUUUAUGGUCACACUUCCUCACAUUUCUUCCACAAUACAUUGCUGCCAAGCAACACUGUCCUUUAUUCUUAAUCUCCCCUGCCACAUGAUUUCUGGUCAUGCCCAGAUCUCUGCUCUCUGUCUUAAACUCCUAAGCUAGCACAAUUUUCUGGGAGGGAUGAAGAGUGGCACGGUGAAGGCAGGCAGGUGUUCCAUCAGGCAGAUGCACAAAUCUGCAGAAGGGAAUUUCAGGAAUAACUGCUGGUGCAGCUCUGGAAGAUGCCAUCCUCCAUCCCAGAGGCAGACAGGAGGCACAGAGCCUCAGCAGCCUUUUCUCUGAGUUUCCUCUCCUUAGUCUUCUCCAUCACAGCUUUCAGCAGCAGUUACUGGUGCGAAGGCACGAGGAAAGUGGCCAAACCUUUCUGCAAGGGAGACAGCAAAGGGGAUCUGUGCAUCCGCUUCAACAGCCCCGACGGCAACAGCAGCCAGGCUGUGCAGUACAUCUGGGAGACAGGGGACGACAAGUUCGUGGAGAAGAAGUUCCAUGCUGGCAUCUGGUACUCCUGUGAAGAAAUGAUAAACGAAGAAGGCGAGAAAUGUAGAAGCUUUAUCAGUUUGACUCCAGCCUCUGAUCGAGGGGUUUUAUGGCUGUCUAUUGUAGCAGAGCUUCUCUACGUGGUUUUGCUCCUGAUUGGGAACAUCCUCAUGUCAGUAGAAAUAUGCUACUACAGCUCUGUCAUUGAUGGGCUGAAGAUCAACGCCUUCUCUGCAGUGGUCACCGUGCUAGCAGGUCUUCUGGGCAUGGUUGCUCACAUGAUGUACACAACUGUAUUUCAAAUGACUGUAAAUCUUGGUCCUGAAGACUGGAGACCUCACACUUGGGAUUAUGGCUGGUCCUACGGCCUUGCAUGGACCUCCUUCGCUUGCUGUAUGGCUGCAGCUGUCACCACUAUUAACAAAUACACAAAAACUAUCUUGGAAUUCAAGCACAAAAGAAAAAAGCUGGAAAGGAGCUUUAGGAUUCAGUACAAGUUUCCUGAGCACACAGCUCCAGAGAAGGUUUGCAAUGUGUAUGUGAACUCUUUCCAGAACACCACAGACGACCCCACACAUGCAUUAAGAAGUCUGCGUCACCUGGCCACUAUUUCAGUCCUCUAAAGCUGAACCAGGCCUCAGAGAAUUCUGUAAAUUAUAAUCCUAGAGCCAAACACAACAGUGUUAAUGAAUAAAAUGUAUCAAUGUGUAGUAUUAAUUUUUUUUCUUAAUAAAGAAACUAUAUUUCUGUGGAUGUUUCAAGGAAGCCUUGGUGUUGGAAAAGAAGAUUCAGGGGGCUCAGUUCAGACAAAAACAGUGAGAAAGGUUCCCCCUUAGUUUUUUAAGCAGUUUCUAACAGUGAUAGAGAUUGAGUUUGUUAGAAUUUUAGAGCAUCACUUCUGAUUCUUUAUCAAAAAGGCUGUAAAAAAUCCCAUCCUGAAACCAAAACCCAGGAACAGGGCAGCAAACAAUGCACGUGGUGCAUGGCUUGGAUAAUUUUUUUUAAGAAAGGUUCAAUCCCUCCAAGAAAAUCUGUGGACCUCAGCUUAUGGUUCAAGAGUUUCACCAUACACAUGGUGGAUUUGCUGGGAAAGGAAGGCUGGUAGAGGGAACAGGUUUCAGUGUAAACACCUGCUUAAAAUGAGAAGGCAAAAUGAAAUCUGGAAGAUUCAUAAGGAGGAAAACUGAAAUCUGAUAAAUACCUGGUUGUGGACAGCACGCAACUCACCUAUGGAAUUCUCCAGGCAUCAUUCUGGGAGCAGACCCAGAAAGAAUCAGAAUUUGAUUUACACAUUUCUACAUGAAGAAUCUACAAUCACAUUAGAGAUGGGGAGGUGAAAAUGGUUGCAAACAUCACAGAUGAGGAACACGGAGCUUCCUCACGGAGCUGAGCCAUGUGCCUGCUAGGCUGGACACCAGAAUAUUCCUGCUCUUGAGCCCCUUGGGAAACACACUUGUGAACUCUGGGUGGCAGAGGUCCUACACAGGCUAGUGAGCAGCUCUGGGCUUUGGAAAAACCCCAAUCUAUCUUUAUUCAGGCAAUAAAUGCAGUUUGAGCUUGUUCUGCCAGCAGGAUCUGUAACAGGUCAGGUUAUGGCCAGUGAUAAGGUGGAGAUGAUAACAGAGAAGCAUCAUUAAGGCAGAAGAAAACCUUUAGUGAUGAGAGAGGAGAGUUUUUGUGUAUGUAUUGAAUAUACUCCAAAAAAUGAGAUUUCCUCAUUGGCAACAGGUGCCAAAGCUUCACUGCUGCAAUUGUAGAAAUUCACUGCUGCAGUUGCAGAAGAACAAUUUCCCGUAUCAAAUCAGAAUGUCAUGUCUUCCAGUUUGUGUCCAUGACCUUUUUUUCUUCUGCUGUGCAUAUUUGAGAGGAAUCUGGCUCCAUAUUCCCUACACCAUGCUCCUAGGAGGCUGCAGACAGCAAUAAGGUUUCCUCUUUAAUCUUUAGAAAAGUCUGUUUUCAUCCUUUACAGUGCUCUGAAAGUGCCACCUUCAGUCCAGCAGGGGAACAAAGCAGUGGCUGGAGAGUUUGGUGCCCACUCUGACAGGAGCAGUCUCAAUCCCUUGUCCAAAAUAAGAUUUUGAUUCCUCCCCCUUGUUUCACUCAUUUCUUUGUGGUGGAUAUGUUUCUAACACCUUCACCAACAGAGGAAUUAUUUCUGAUUCCAUCUGACUUUCUGCUUUUUGUCAGCCCUCACUCUCUUUACAAGAGAUUUUCACCCAUCUCAUGCCAUUCCUGGGUGUGAUGGAGGAAUUUCCACCUCAUCCAGGAACACACUUGGCUGAUGCCUACAAGUCCUUUGAAAAAUCCACUUUAUGCAAGUGCCUCAUUUCAUUUUUCUUAGCCUGACAGUCUCUGCCAUGUGCUGCUUCCUCAGGAUUGUUUCUUACACUGGUUUGCAAGAAUAUAAAGUGCUGUAGGUGGGCAAGGGCUUUUUAAAUAAUUGUGCAGUAAGAAUCCAUCCAGAUGCAUUCCUAAAUCUCAAACUGUCUGUUUUUCUCAUGCCAAACAUUCAAG